UUCGAAGAUAAACUCACAUACCAUACCCGUUCUUAGGUGCAACUUUGGAUAUACCACCACCAUACCUACCUAGGUACCUAUCUAGGUAGAUACGGUAUUGUACCUACCUGUCCAUUUUUGAUUCGUCGCCUGUCCCCUCUAGGUUAUAGCCACCCUCUUUUACGGACUCUUUAAGCUGCGAACUGCGAACCACUACGAUCUCUAGAAACCUAGCCAAUCCGCGCCGUCUCGCCAAUGCAUACAGCCUCUACUCCACCGGCCCAGACGUCGGGGUCAGGGUCGGGCUCUAUGCCCUACCCGGCUCUGCCAGCGUCGCCCACUCUGACCAACCCAGACAUGAUAUUGCCCGACUAUGACGAUACCUGCUCUUCCCCAGACAGAUCACAUUCGCCCCUAAUAAUGUGGAAGAACGCACAUGCUGCCGAAAUGGGCUUUGAUCUCAGUGCCCAGGCCUUCACGACUCCUGUCACUCCAACUACACCUAUUAUAUAUGGGAAUGGAACGAUGCUUUCGGAUAUCGGGGAGGUUACCGAGGUUGAGAGUACAUGCCCCCCUAACAAGCCGCGAUCCGGGUCCACGCGCAGCGACGGCUCGAUGCAUCCGAUUUCCCUCUCCCACUACGAUAUCAUAAAGAAGAAGGAUUCAAAGAUUGGUCGCGAAAGGCGGUUGUCGAUGGAAUCGACGAGUACUAUUACCAACCAUGACCAGGGUGGGACGUUCGCCGAUUUCGACGACGCUGUCAGCGUUGAUGACAGCAAUUUUCAGGGGGACGAUGAGGAGAGUGUUGCCGACUCUUAUAUAGAUGACGCCUUCCACGAGAAUGCCAUGGCAAUCAAGGAAGCACGUAGAGCAAUUGGACAGGAACGCUACUCUACAGCCUUGAGUCGAAGAGCCGAGCAAAUUCUAGCGAAUGCCAAGCGGCGGUUGACGACCAUGGAAGGAAAUUUGACCCGAGCAAGGUCAUCCUUAAGCUCUCCUACCUUUUCUAUUGAUUCUGGCUCGACACCUUCGCCUACGAGUAUUAGGCCUACAACCGCAAUCCAUCGUGACCAUGAUGCGAAUUCUCGCGAAAUCUCAACUGGGCACACAAGGAUAUCUAGCGAAAACAACAUCCCCACCCUUCCCACCGACCUGGUCAAGCCAGGCGCAUAUAUACCUAGAUCUUCGAGCGCUCUAGGCGCGGCAGGUGGAUAUCGACCGCCCCUUCAUAGCCCUCGCAGUGCGGAUUAUAUACAUGGAAGUACGAGAAGCACGCCGAUGGAUGGAUCAAUAUACGGUAGCUCAGCCUUUGCCAGAAGCAAGCCGUCCCUACAAAUCAGAGAGCAUCUCCUCGAGCCGUUAAGUGAGGAUGAUGCUUCGCAGGAUGUAGAUUCAAGACCAAGCCUGGAAGAUCCUAAACUAGAUAAUUUCCUUAGCCCGACUUUCGGGUCUUAUUCAGAUAAAGGGCUGAAGCGAUCUGCAUCAACGACGCAAAUGCGUGAUCUAAAAGACCAGAUGAAGGAUCUCAAGGGAAGAUUAUCGACGUUACGAGACCAAGCCCGAGCAGAUAAUCUAAAACGGCGAAGCCUUCAGAGCUUACGCACUCCUAGUCCUUUCACGCACGCUCAAGUUGACCAGUGGUACGCUGGCACGGCCCAAGGUGAAGAUGAGGGUUCCGUCCAUAGUGAUUACAAAUCACAAUUGUCAAAUGAGGACGUCUCGAGUAUUGAUGACGGUGCUGCGAAGGAUUUGGCAGUGAAGCAAAUGUCGCCUCACGCCAGUGAGGAAUCGAUCCCUAACGGCUUUUCUACCGUAGAAGACAGCGAGCCUUCGCCAUUAGGUGAUGGUGAUAAUAGCUCAUUUUCGUCAAAGAGUGACGGUCUAUCAGUUCCUAACCAACCAGAAGAUGACGCCGACGAUCUGAGGACUGAGGAUGGUUCUGACGAAGAUGUUGAUGGAGUGGUCCAAGAAGAGGAGGAGGAGGAAGAAGAAGAUGAAGAUGUAGAGGCAGAAAUGGAUGAGAAUGAUCAGUCCGUAUUCGAGGACGAUGUAAGCGAUAGUGGCGCGUCUGCGUAUUACGAUUCCGUUCAGAAUCAAGUGUCUCACGAAGAUCGCGAAGAUGCCUUCGACUAUGAGCAUUUCUUCCUACAUAGCGCGAUGGGCAGCAUGAGCCGGAGUCGGAUGAGGAAAGGCAGCCGCGAUAGUUUCAGCUCCGAAGACUCGGUGGAGACGACUCGGGGUCCAGUUACGACUUCCAAAACGAGAUCGACUGCUGGUAAGGCCGGGAGCCGCUCUCGUAGAGGUAGUCAUGGUUCCAUUUCAUCGAUAGAGUCGUUCGCAACAGCCACAGAGGGCAGGCUGACAAGAGCAGAAAAUGAGGCCGCAGAAGCUUAUCAUGGACACGGUGUUAUAAUACCCCAGCGCGCUCGAACGCAUACGCCGGACGCAGCGAGACGGGCUCGUUUAUCGACCGAGACGAGCGAUUCCGGAUCUGAUAACAGUCGGCCCAAACCCUCCAAUAUCCGGCGACCCCAAAGUAGUGCGGCGGCAUUUAUGCAUCGACCUUCAGUGUCGUCUUUUGACUCUAGCAAAACUCAUCGAAGCUUCCCGUUGGUAAACAAACCGAAAGUUAACGGUGGAAUAUUGACGCCACGAGAUUCUCCCGAUCGAGAGUUAAAACGAAUUUCAGAAGUCUUUCUUAAUGAGAGCCUUAAUAGCAUUCAGAGCGGAGAUAACAAGACGUCACCGAUCGAGAUGCUACAAAAGGAUGACCGCAUUCUUGUUGAGCGCCUAAUUGCUGGACUCGGUCGAAGUGUUCUCGGUUUGGCCGAAUCUGGCCGUGGUUCGGCUGACUAUCGGGCAUAUAGGAGGAAAAUAGAGGCAGCUCGGCGAGUUUUGGAGAACUUGGACGCACAGGCGUAAUUCUUGAUUUAGGUAUUUUGCUGAAUCAGGCGUUUAUGGAUUAUACCAUUUUAUGAGGGUGAUACAAUCAAUCAUGGGGAAAGGCUACGGUACCUCUUUUUUAUUCCCAUUCUUUCUUGGUCUUAAUGUCUUUUACUACCUCUUAAGAGUCCUUCUCGC